AAUAUCGCUGCUGCAUUUCAGCGUAUCCGUAUUUUUUGGAAUGUAACUGAAAUAUAUCAUUCUUAUCACUCAAUGGGGAUUAAGUACCAGUUUAAAAUUAUAUUUUGAAUACAGGAAUUUAAACAUUUCUUCUAAGAUAUGUUGUUAAAUUUAUUUAUAUUAUCUUAACUUUAAUAGUACCGCCAUUCUUGUUUAGUGAAACUACUUAUUACAGGAUGGCAAAUAAGUGUUGAAAAAUUCAAUUACAGGAACUUUGAAGUGAUCUGAUAUCUUGAAACGAACUAAAAUUAUAUUUACAAACUGUCAAGAAUAUGAACAGAUGAUGAGGGAGAAAAUAGUGAAUCUUAACUUCCUAACACUAUAUUUUACAUCCAUCAUAAUUUUGAUCAACGCGACAGAAUCACCAAUUGUCAAUACCACCAAUGGUCCAGUUCACGGGCUUGUGAAACAGUACCACAACGAAGAUGUGCUCCAGUUUAAAAGAAUUCCAUAUGCGGAGCCACCUAUUGGAAAAUUAAGGUUCAAAAAGCCUUUACGGUAUAAAAAACGGGAAAAGGUUCUGAAUGCAACCGAAUUAGGUCCCUCAUGUAUUCAGAAUUUUUUUGGAAAUGAUGCAUUGUUCUUAGAAAGUUUGAACAUAUCGGAGGACUGUUUACAUCUGAAUAUCUACGUGCCUCGUGGUAUAAAUAAAACUGCACCUAAAGCUGUAAUGGUUUGGAUACAUGGUGGCGGGUUCACAGCUGGUCAGGGAACACUUAUCGAUGGAUCAUACCUUGCUCUUCAAGGCGAUGUGAUCGUAGUAACUAUCAACUAUAGACUCGGUCUGUUAGGCUUUUUGUCGACCGAAGAUGCUAAUGCUCCCGGGAACUAUGGAAUCUGGGACCAGAAACUAGCCAUUGAAUGGGUGCACGAUAAUGCUGCAAAGUUUGGAGGUGAUCAAAAUAGAAUUACUAUAUUUGGUGAAUCUGCUGGUGGCUACAGCGUUGGUUUGCAGACGAUAAUUUCAUCAAACAGGGGAUAUUUUCAUCGUGUUAUAUCACAAAGUGGGACGGUUUAUAGUCCCAGAGCACUGGCUAGUGAUUCAAGACGUGUUGCUAAUGAAGCUGGUAAUCUUUUGAAUUGCUCAACAAACACUACUGGUCAGCUGGUUGAAUGCUUGAGAAAGAAACCUGCGACAGAAAUAUUGCGAGUGCAAGACAAUGCCAUCAACGGCUGGGACCAAACAGAAACGUUCUUAUCAAGGCUCGGUCCUGUCAUUGACGGGGACCUUAUUGUUGGUGAUCCUAUCGACCUUCUCAAGAACACUAAGUUAGAAUCCUACAAAUUCUUCCAAAGUUUGGAUAUAAUGGCUGGCACAAAUAAUGCAGAAGGCGGUCUGAUGUAUUGGAGAAUGAUGAAAUAUCAGAGUCCAUAUAGCUUCAACAUCUCUGAAGGAAUACCGAAAGAAGCCCUUUGUGAGGUUAUAGCACCAGCAGUACAUGAAAGCUACUUCAGCAGCUAUGAUAAAAGCGAUGAAAUAUCCGGAGCUAUUUGUGAUCAGUAUACCGUCUCAAGUAAUUCUCUAGCUGAACAAGGUCGAAGCGCUGUAAAUGUUUAUGCCGAUUUACAGUUUAUCAUUCCAACCAUUAAAACUUUAUCUUCCCAUGCUGCCAAUAACAAGCUAAAUCGAAGCACGUAUCAAUAUAUUUUUACCCACCAACCAUCGUAUCCAUGGAUUCAGUCCCGUCCACCAUGGUUGCACGGCGCGAAUCAUGCUGGGGAACUUCCUUUUGUUUUCGGAUUGGAAGCAAUGUAUCCAGACACACACGAAAAACCGUCCGCUGAAAUGGGAUUGUCAAAACAAAUUAUGACGUACUGGAGCAAUUUUGCAAAAUCAGGAAAUCCCAAUAUUGGUUCUACAGAAGAAGACACCGAACAUGAACAAAAAUGGCCUUAUUUCGAUGAUGUGGACAUGGCUUUUAUGAACUUAACAGAACAACUACACACUGGAUCUAAGUUAUUUGAAGACAGAGUUAAAUUUUGGACUGAAACUGUACCAGAGAUGUUAAGAAAUGAUGUUGUUAAUACAUCGCCAAAAGACACGAAUGCAGCGCAGAGGAUGAAUUGCUCUGUAUUUUUGAUAUUUCUGGUAUAUUAUUUUGAAGAGGUAUUUUUGAAAUUCAGUAUUUCUGAUACAUUUGCAUAGUGUCAUGUCUGAAACUUUACAUUUCAGAUAGUAACAUGUGAAAAAUAAAAUAAUGUGAUAUCUUUUAGCAAUAUUCCAGGAUAGAAACUUUUGUUGAUGGUCAUUUUUGGAAAAAAAGUCAUAGGCAAAUUCAAAACAAACGGCAAUAUAAUUGAUAUUUCGCAGAAUUUGUAAUUCAGUAAUUUUUAUAUAUCUGUGCAGUAAAAUUGAUGUAAUAUUACAUGUAACACUAAAUUUACAUUGUUGAAAGUGUAUACUAAAACAAUGCAAUGAUGAAAUACAAGACAAAAGCACACAGGAUGAUAAUAGUUAAAUUACAGCACAACGUGGUCAUGUUUUUUUUGUUUUUGUUUUGUUUUUAUUUAUUUUUUGCUACUGAACUGUGUAUUGACUGAGAUAUAUAAUUACAAAAAUACAUAAACUGCUUAAUGAUCUCUAUUUAAACAGCAAGAAAUAGGUAGAUAGUUUCUUCUUUAACCCAUACUCUGCUUAAUUUUUAUAAAGAACUUGUCCAUCUUUCAAUUUGGACAGUACCAUCUACUGUUAAAAGGGGUGCUUACCAAAAAGAUACUGACUGACCGGCGAACAGUGUGAAUCAUUAUCAGACUGCACGGCUUUGCAGGCUGAUCAUCAACUACACUGGUCGCAGAGGCAGAAAAACUCGUGACCAGCAUGAUAAGGGUAAGAGAUAGAAGUUCAUAAUUAUCAUGUCUGAAUUAGAUGCCUAUGUUGUAGACAACGCUAUGCGAUCGGGAAUUUAGUUAUUUUGUGAUCGAAAAUUUCGAAUUUUGCGAUCGGCAUUGAAACUAUUUACUUCUCCUAUACAGGCCCGAGGGUGCCAUUACGUGCGUUUUUUCUGCAUUUCAAACAUGUUUUAAGAUACCGAUUUCGGAAAAAAUGUAUGAUGUUAAAAAUAUUCGCGUACAUUUUAGUUAAUAUAGUUAAUAAAGAUCUACAGAAAAAUAAGAAUUUCGAAAUAGCCAACGUAUUUGCGAUUAUUGUCACUCUAAAACACUAAUUUAAAGGCAUAUGAUCACGUUUGCUUGGUUCUUACAUCUUUAGUUGAGUAAAUGUAUAUAUGUUCAUGUAUAAACCUUUUAGCAUUGCUGACGUUAAACGAAAAUUUGACAGAAGCAACACAGUUUAUGCAUAUACAAAUACAAUACAGGAAUGCAAAACAAAAUUAAUGUACUUAAUACAUAAUAUUAUAUUUUGUCAAUCUUCUUAAAAUAAUAUUACAUUUUUGAAAUUUAGCACUUGGAUAAAUAGUUCAUAUGACAUAUCAGAUCUAAAAGAUCAAAUGUUGUCAUAAAGUUAUACUUAUUAGUUAAUUAAAAUCUUAAAAGUAACACAUUUAUUUAAAAAAGUAUAAACGGGAAGAUUCCAUACUUACGAACAAUUAAUAAGUGUAACUGAUAUAAGUUCGUAAAUUUUAGGUGAUAUAUAUUUUUGAAAGAAACCUUAUAAUGAAGUUUUGAAAUGCUGUACGUAUAAUUAUGACUUUUUAGAAAUGAUGUGUUCAAAGGUGUGUAUAAAGAACAAAACCUAUUGAAAUACUGGUUUAAAGUGAUUAAAGCUAGUAACUGCAUUAUAAGCACUGUAUAUGAACGGUUGAAAACCGAUAUGUUUGUAUAAUAAUAAAGAAAACUGGUGUUGUUAUGUAAAGUAACCAGGUGCUAAUUGUAUAUAAGCAUCUGAAACAAGACUAAGUUAUCUCAGUAUUGUUAGUGACAAAAGAUACCGAACAUUGUUAACCAAGUUCAGAGUCUCUGCACGUUAUUUAAAAGUUGAAACUGGACGUUAUGGUCAAAACAGGAUUGACAGAAGUGAAAGAACUUGUGAUGUCUGUGGUUCUAGAGACAUAGAAGAUGCGUUUCAUACGAAAUGUGUUUGUCCGCGUUAUAAAAUGUUGAGAAAACGUUAUAUUGACAGAUAUUACUAUGAACGACCAAAUAUGUGGAAAUUUAUUAAACUUUUGUCAUGUACAAACAAAGAGACACUUAAUAAUUUAGCCUGUUUAUCAGCUUUGCUUUGAAAGUAAGAAGAAAUACGUUAGAAAAUUAAAUAAGUAUUUCAAAUUGUAUAUAUCCUAGUACAUAUUAUUUAUCUAUACCUUCUACUGAUGAUACCUGUAUCUUAUAAUUGAUAAAUGUUUUAUUUUUUGUAUUAUAA